UUCCAAACGUAUACUCUAGUUGUGUUCCUGAGAGACCCAGUUAUCAGCAGGAGGGCAUGAGCAGCGACGAGAAAGCCCCCGGAGGAGAGCAAGAAGAAGAAAGGGAGGAGGAAUCGGGAGGCGGCGCGACCGCGACCGAGGAGAAGACCAAGAAGGGCAAGCGGAAGAUCAUGGAAUCAAGCAAGCCGAAAGACUCCGGCAAGGUCAAGAGAGCCAAGACCGGCGGCGCGGUGGCGGCGCUCGAGUCGGACCUCCGUGGCCCUGACACGGAGUGGUGGUACGCCUUCCUCAGCAAGCACAAGGAACGCCAAGCCAAGUCAGGUGUUACUGCGCCGGUGCCUUCAGACGAGGAUGAAGCAUUCAGGUACUUCUUCAGGACGUCGAGGAGUACCUUUGACUACAUCUGCUCAAUUGUAAGGGAUGAUUUGAUCUCAAGGCCACCUUCUGGGCUGAUCAACAUUGAGGGGAGACUACUUAGUGUGGAGAAGCAAGUAGCAAUUGCUAUGAGGAGGCUGGCAUCUGGUGAUUCCCAGGUGUCGGUGGGAGCUGCUUUUGGCGUGGGGCAGUCUACUGUUUCGCAAGUGACAUGGAGGUUUAUCGAGUCGAUGGAAGAGAGGGCUCGGUAUCAUCUGGCGUGGCCGGACCAGGAGAGGAUGGAUGAUAUCAAAGCUAACUUUGAGGUGGUGUCUGGUCUGCCAAAUUGUUGUGGCGCCAUUGAUGCCACACACAUAGUUAUGACACUUCCUGCUGUUGAUUCAUCAGAAGACUGGUGCGACCAUGCGAAGAACUACAGUAUGUUCCUGCAAGGGGUUUUUGACCAUGAGAUGCGAUUUAUUGAUAUUGUCACCGGUUGGCCUGGCAGCAUGACGUUUCCACGACUGUUGAAGUUCUCUGGAUUUUACAAGCUCUGUGAGGCUGGAAAACGCUUGGAUGGUCCUGCCCAAGUUUCAAGGGACGAUGCACAAAUAAGGGAGUUCAUUGUUGGUGACGUGUGUUAUCCUCUACUUCCAUGGCUUAUGACUCCGUAUGAAGGUGAAAAUCUGUCUGCCCAAAUGGUCGAGUUUAAUGCUCGACAAAAAGCUGCAAGAAUGCUUGGAACGAGAGCAUUGGCACGGCUGAAAGGCUCCUGGAGGAUCUUGCACAAAGUCAUGUGGAGGCCUGAUAAGAAUAAGUUACCGAGUAUUAUUCUUGUGUGCUGUCUGCUUCACAAUAUACUUAUAGAUCGCCAAGAUCAACUGCUUCCAUCUCUCGAACUUCCAGAUCAUCAUGAUACUGGUUAUACUGAAGUGAAGUGCCAGGAAGAGAAUCCUAAUGGUAAAGUGAUGAGGGAGGUCAUCACUGAACAUCUCCCAAGAUGUGUAAUGAACAAGCCUACUGGAAGUAUUGUUUGAGAUGCAACCAUGCAUCUUUGUUUAAUUUAGUGUUAUUUCCUCUGUUACCUUUGAUGUAAUCAGACUUGAUGGUUACCUGUAAUCUCUCCAGAAAUGGUGUGUGGCUACUUUGAAAGGAAGCAACUACCGUUACCUGUAAUAUCUUCAGGAAUGGUGUGUGGCUACUUUGAAAGCAAACAACUACCAUCAUCCUUGAGUUAAUAUUCUCCCUGAUGAUGACAAUUCCUAUCACCUUGAGUUGCA